AUGCAGAACUCUGUGGCUAAACUCGCUCUGUUUUCACUUCUUCAGGCGCUGCUCUCUUUGUCUGUGUUCCAAGACGUGGUGGAAGCCGCUGAUGGACGAGGAUUCGGAGAUCACAUCCACUGGAGGUCACUGGACGACGGCAAAAAGGAAGCAGAGGCCAGCGGUUUGCCGAUGAUGGUUCUGAUCCACAAAACCUGGUGCGGAGCCUGCAAAGCGCUGAAGCCAAAGUUCGCAGAGUCCAAGGACAUCUCUGAGCUCGCACACAACUUCGUCAUGAUCAACCUUGAAGACGAGGAGGAGCCCAAGGACGACGCCUUCAGCCCGGACGGAGGAUACAUCCCCCGCAUUCUGUUCUUCGAUCCUCACGGAAAGGUCCAUCCUGAAAUCACCAACAGAAAUGGAAACCCCAACUACAAAUACUUCUACAGUAACGCAGACCAAGUGGCGUCUGGGAUGAGGGAGGCCCAGGAGCGACUCACCGGAGACGCCUUCAAACGCCACAGCGGAGACGAGCUCUAG